AUGAGGACAGGGUUCCCUUCAAAUACAGAGAUCAAGGACUUUGGAUAUCCGCAGUCGCACCCGCUACAUCUAGCGACCUCUUUGAGAAGCUCGUAUCAGUCAUGCUCGGAGGAGUGCAACACGUCGGACGACACUUCAACUACAUCUUCCUCGACGUCGUCCAAGUCGCGACGUCGGCAAAAAGCAGGCACUUUCUACGGAGGAGGAGAACAACAUCAAGAAGAUGACGACGAAGAAGAGGAGGAAGAGGAAGACUACGACGAGGAUUGCCUUGUCAACGACGAAAUAAACUGUAAAGCGCGCGCCAUAUUUGACUUUCACGCGGAAAACGACAACGAAAUCGCCCUAGUCGAGGGCCAGAUAAUAUGGAUCAGCUACCGGCACGGCCAAGGCUGGCUAGUGGCCGAGGAUCCCACCACGGGAGAAAAUGGCUUGGUCCCCGAGGAGUACGUUGAGCUAUUUGGGCUGGAGAAUAACGACGACUUGCCCAAGCCGUUCCUACCGGAGAUUUUCCGCUCGCAUAUAAGGGAAAACGAUGAUGCCGACUGGGUGGAUACUGAUGGAAGUGGCGACGAUUAUUCGUUUGACGAGUCUGAGUCCGAUAGAAAUAAAGUGCUGGACUCGGUGAACCAGAGCAAAGUGGGAGACGGUGCCGUGGAUCGACUAGCUGCUCGAUUGACCACUACUGAUCUAUGA